GCCACAAAAUCCAAUCCUUGGCAAAGCUCCUUACUUUAGCCUUUAGGGAAGUGUGGUUGUCGUUGUUACACACCAUGAUGUUCCAAAACCACAACAACUCUCCGUUAUAACUCUCUCCAUUUUAUCUCUCUCCUGUUCUCUCCCAGCAAUGGCAACUUUACAAUCUCUUGCAUUCUCUUCUCCACUCUCUCACCAUCUUCACCAACCACGCUCUUUUUCGGGUAAGGUGUCUUUGACCAUCCGAGGAAGUUCACACUCCACAUUCAAUGGGCAGUGUUUGCAACUGCCUCGCCGUCGAUGGUCGCAGCCUAGACCGAACGCCCAAGUGCCUGGUUUUGUCAUAAAGAUGGUGAAGCCAACAAUUCAGUUCAUCCAAGGAACUGAUGAGCAGACAAUACCGGACGUGAGGCUGACCCAAUCAAGAGACGGCACAAAUGGCAUGGCCAUAUUCAAGUUUGAUCAGCCUUCUGUCUUUGACUCAUCAGGUGAAGUUGGUGACAUUACUGGCUUUUACAUGAUUGAUGAUGAAGGUGUUCUUCAGUCUGUUGAUGUCAAUGCCAAAUUCGUCAACGGGAAGCCCGCAGGGAUCGAAGCUAAGUACAUUAUGCGAUCUCCGCGAGAGUGGGACAGAUUCAUGAGAUUCAUGGAGCGAUACUCUAAUGAGAAUGGCUUGCAAUUUAUUAAGAAAUAAGAUGUUGUAUAUCCUUUUUUUUUUUAUGUAUUAGCACCACCCCACUUUUUCCACUUUCAUUUUCACCAUUGUUCACUUUCUUUUUCUCCUCUUCUUUUUGUAAUUUAUUUGAGUGAAAUUACAGGAAUCAAUCUUACUUGAUUCCUCUGUAAGUGCUUCACUUUCUUUCAAUUUAAUCCAGCCAAUUUUGCUCA